AUGUCACCAGCGUCGUUGGGAUACAGUUUCCGGGUUGCUGCCCCUGGUGAAACCAUACGCAUAGAAGGUCUUAGCGUAGAAAUUGCCACCGUUGUACACAAUGAUGCCUAUCCCGCUAAAUCUGGAUUUAACAUAUUUAUGAACGGCUGGGUGAGACAUAAAGAACCGACUAGCUUCAAAUGUUGUCUGUUACGUUCAUCACCUAAUGGGGCACUGGUGGACGAUGUUCUGACGGAAGUCAGGUCUUAUACGUAUCACAUCUAUAUUCAAUGGAUCGUUGACCGACAGAACGCUGAGUUCUCCUGUUCUGUGUCCAGUAACCAAAUUACUGCAAUCGGUGACGCUAAUUUCAGCUACGUGACUUUCGCUAAAGACUCAUGUCUGAAGGCUCCUGUCGUAGUCUUGCCAAUACUACACCCUCAGCCAGUGCCCAACUCCGUCUGUGUUUGUCUGAAAAUCACGUAUGGAGAUAUGAAGCCGGAAAAGGUGAUUGAGUGGUUCGAGUAUACACGACACAUGGGCACCACUAAAGUGUUUACCUACUAUGCUGAAGUAACACCACGAGUGUUAAAAGUACUGCAGUACUAUCAGAGUAUCGGAUUUCUAGAAAUGUUGCCUAUGGAGGCAUCGGUAUCCGCAGAUGGCCAGAAAAGAACAUUAGCAAAGCCAAGAUUUGAGCAACAAGCAUGGGUGGAUGAAGUCAUGGCUGCCAAUGACUGUAAGUACAGAAUGGCCAAGUAUGACUUCAUCAUCAUCAUGGAUAUGGAUGAGAUCAUUGUGCCUAAAGGAAACAUGACUUCAUAUUUUGACAUAUUGCAGUAUAAUGACGCUAAACGUGUUUUUGUGGAUGCGAAACCAUUUUUUGGUAGAAGGUAUACGGUGAUUAAA